ACAGAUUCUCGGUGGCGGCGGCAGUGGUGGCGGCGGCGGCGCCUGCGGCGGUCCUGGACUGCGGGGAAUGGGAGCCCUUGCUCUCUGACUGAGCACCGCCCCGCCUCCCUGGCCUCCGACAUGGCUCAGGAAAAGAUGGAGCUAGACCUGGAGCUGCCUCCGGGUGCGGGCGGGAGCCCGGCGGAGGGCGGCGGCAGUGGCGGCGGCGGGGCCCUUCGGAGGUCUAAUAGCGCCCCUCUGAUCCACGGCCUCAGUGACACUUCGCCGGUGUUCCAGGCCGAGGCGCCGAGCGCCAGGCGCAACAGCACAACGUUCCCGAACCGCCAUGGCCUGCUGCUGCCAGCCUCCCCGGUCCGCAUGCACAGCAGCCGAUUGCACCAGAUCAAACAGGAGGAGGGCAUGGACUUGAUCAACCGAGAGACCGUCCACGAGCGCGAGGUGCAGAACGCAAUGCAGAUAAGCCACUCCUGGGAGGAAAGUUUCAGCCUGAGUGACAACGACGUGGAGAAGUCCGCCUCCCCGAAGCGCAUCGAUUUCAUUCCGGUGUCACCAGCACCGUCUCCCACCCGGGGAAUUGGGAAGCAGUGCUUUUCACCAUCCUUGCAAAGUUUUGUGAGUAGCAAUGGAUUGCCUCCAAGUCCGAUUCCCAGCCCAACGACCCGAUUUACUACUCGAAGAAGCCAGAGUCCCAUUAAUUGCAUUAGACCAAGUGUUCUUGGACCAUUGAAAAGGAAAUGUGAAAUGGAAACUGAUUAUCAGCCAAAGAGAUUCUUCCAGGGCAUCACCAACAUGCUUUCUUCUGACGUUGCACAGCUGUCAGAUCCUGGUGUGUGUGUAUCUUCGGAUACCCUGGAUGGAAACAGCAGCAGUACUGGAUCUUCUUGUAACUCACCAGCGAAAGUCAGCACUACCACCGACUCUCCGGUGUCACCUGCCCAAGCGGCCUCUCCAUUUAUUCCAGUAGAUGAACUUUCAUCUAAGUGACUCACCCACCUAUCCCUGAGACUCGGUUGUUUUGUUUCGUUGUUGUUGUUUUUUUGCAAUGGAGAGAAAAAUCAAGUUGGAGCAAGCACUGAACUUUGUCGAUUAAUUUGAGGCUAUUUCCCUAUUUGACCCUUUUCCUUUUUUGGAAUUUCCUGAACUGUUGGUAUUCUAGAGAACUUUUAUGUCAGGUUCCUGCGGAUUACUUCAGUGUAGUAAUAUUUUCAGACGUUUUCCCAAUAAGUGUGUUGAAGCAUACAUCUUUACGCUGCUAAUAUGUCUAAAUACAUAUGUUAUCCCUUGAUUUUUUUAAAAAAUAAUUGAGAGCUCUAUUUAUUUAUGGGAUUAUUAAGUUCUGAUGCAAAUAUAAAUGUUGAAUUAAUCAGUGCAGUAAACUGAUGUUUUAAAAUUCCAUACUUCAUGCCCACACUAAUUUUUAAUGUUAUUUUUAGUGAUUGCUAAUUUCUAUUUGAUGAACAAUAACUUACUAUUUACGCUAUUUUUAAAAUAUGUUAGUUAUAUCAAUCCAGUGGUUGUCUUGUUUUAUUCAGGAAUCCUUGGAUAUUCAAUUUUCUGGGUACGGAAGUGGAUGGGAGGGGGAAUGAUAAAAGAAUAAAAUAUAAACAUCUGCAACAAAUCGUUUAAAAUUAAACAUAAAAGUAAACCUAUUUAAGAAAAUAUUUCCAAAUGAAAUUUAAUAGUAAUUCUAAUAAGUUGUACAAAUAUAACUACUCUACAGAAAAUGAAAAAUUUUUUUUUACCAGAAAGUGCAAUCUCUUGGGUAUAACACUAAAGUUAAAUGGAACCGUGCCUUGCAGUCUUAGCCCACUGCACAUACACUGAGGCCAGAUUCUUUGUAACCAUUGCACACUUAAAUGCUUUUCAAAUGUAGAAAAUGUGUGGGAAAUCCUGUUGAGCUUCAGCAGAGCAUCCAGGCAGAUAAAACUCAAUCAUUCAUAUGCUUUAAAACAUCCAGUUGUGCCACAGUGGAUAUUGUUGCCAACAAGAAGCCAGAGCAACUUUUGGCUGCUUUUUGGCUCUGCCCAUCAGUCACCUUCCUAGUUUUCCCCGGCUCAGGAAGGAAGUGGCUGUUUCCUUGCCAACUGGUCCUUCCUCUCCACCUCCCACCCAACUAGGGCAUCAUCAGUUAGACAGAAGUACAGUAUGAUUCGGAUUUCUGACAGUGAGCAGCAACAGGACUGUGGAAUUGUUUCAGGAACCUCUGUGGUUAAAACUACAGCUGGAGUUGAAUGCCUUGGGGAUGUCAGCUAAUUGUCAAUGACUUGCAAUUGAAAAUCAGUGGAGAGUCACAUAGGUAAAUCAGUGUUUGACUUAGGUUUUGUUAAAGGUAGAAUUGUGAAAUGUUUUUUGGGUGUUUUUUUUUUUUUUUUUUGCCUUUUACAGUUAAGACAAAAUAUGAAAAUAUUUAAUACCAAAAUGUUUUAUAUUAUACUUCUUAUAUCAUCCUUAACUAGGAAGGAAGGAAGGAAGGAAGGA